AUGGCCCUGCGCCCUGGGACGGCUUGGUUUGGGCAGGUGCUGCGCAGAGUUUCCCGGCUCCAGGGCACCUGGUCUCGGCGCUCCAGCAGCCUCCUGUGUCUCUCCUCCUCCCAGGAGCCCGAGCAGGCGGGCGGAGACCGGCCGCCGCCGCAGCGCAAGCUGCCCCGGAGCAGCGGUGGUGGCGGCGAGAGCCGCCAGCCCUCCCGGCAGCUGCCCCUUUGCUGCGGCUGCUGCGGCCUGUCGGAUCCCCGGGCGGCCAGGGGGGGACAUGGUCCCCUCACUCGCCCCUUGCUGGCGGCCAUGAAGAGGCAGAACGUGCGGACCCUGUCCCUCAUCAUCUGCACGUUCACCUACCUACUGGUCGGGGCUGCCGUCUUUGAUGCCCUGGAGUCCGACAACGAGAUGCGAGAGGAGGAGAAACUCAAAGCCGAGGAGAUCCGGCUCAAGGGAAAGUACAACAUCACCAGCGAGGACUACCGGCAGCUGGAGUUGGUGAUCAUGCAGUCCGAGCCCCACCGGGCUGGCGUCCAGUGGAAAUUUGCUGGUUCCUUCUACUUUGCCAUCACAGUCAUCACGACUAUCGGUUAUGGACAUGCUGCCCCAGGGACAGAUGCAGGGAAGGCCUUUUGCAUGUUCUAUGCGGUUCUGGGAAUCCCACUGACACUCGUCAUGUUCCAGAGCUUGGGCGAGCGCAUGAACACCUUCGUCAAGUACCUCUUGAAACGCAUAAAAAAGUGUUGUGGGAUGAGGAGCACUGAGGUCUCCAUGGAAAACAUGGUCACUGUGGGUUUCUUCUCCUGCAUGGGAACACUCUGCAUUGGAGCAGCAGCCUUUUCCCAGUACGAGGAAUGGAGCUUUUUCCAUGCUUACUAUUACUGCUUUAUAACAUUGACUACGAUAGGGUUUGGAGACUAUGUGGCCCUGCAGACCAAAGGGGCCCUUCAAAAGAAGCCUCUCUAUGUGGCUUUUAGCUUUAUGUACAUUCUAGUGGGGUUGACAGUCAUUGGGGCAUUUCUAAAUCUGGUUGUUCUCAGGUUCUUAACCAUGAACAGCGAGGACGAGAGGCGGGAUGCAGAGGAACGGGCGUCCCUGGCAGGGAACCGCAACAGCAUGAUUAUCCACAUCCAAGAGGACUCCCAGCAUGGUCGGCCACGGUACAAGGCUGAAGUGACAGACCUUCAGUCAGUUUGUUCCUGCAUGUGUUACAGGUCCCAUGAGUACACCAGCCGGGUGGUGUCCCACCAAAAUUCAUUCAGCUCGAAGCUGAACCCCCAGUACUUUCACUCCAUCUCUUACAAGAUAGAGGAGAUCUCACCAAGCACAUUAAAAAAUAGCCUUUUCCCGUCUCCUGUCAGCUCCAUCUCACCUGGGUUGCACAGCUUUACAGAUAACCACAGGCUGAUGAGAAGGCGAAAGUCUAUUUAA